AGAUUGUACAUAUACAUAUACCCAGACCGCCAAUCCCACGAUGAACAUACGUCCCCCCUAAACCAUAAAUCCAUCUACUCUCAAGACUUAACAUGUCAAAUCCCGAUCCUCCCCCUUUCUUUCCCCUUCCAAACAUUCCUCUCCCCUCCUCUCCUCUCAACCAGGCGAAAAGGGCUCACAACCAUCAUCCCAUUCCCAUUCCCAUCCUCCACAACCAAACUCCCCUCUUUCAGCGCCGCAUCCCCGUCCCCGUCCCGGCAAGCUGGCACUCGGGCACUUUGCAGCCUGGGGGGCGCCCGCCUCCCCGUGAACGUUUGCUCAGCUGCGCAGCUGCACACUGUACACCCCACAGACCGUGCAGUGCCAGUGCAGUGCCAGGGCUGAACAGCUGCAUGCAUCCCUUCGGAGCGAGGCUUACCGUACCACAAAAAUAAAAAAACGGGGAACGCCACUGACGUUGACUUCUACAGCGUGGUUUUCCGAGAAAGAAAAGCAAGAAAUUUUGAAAAAAGUGAAGAGAAAAAAACGCUUCAUA